GUUGUGCGGCAGACUUGACGACGCGCCACCAGUGCGCAUUGAAUUUCGGUGGAGUCGGUUGGCGCUGCUGCUGCUGAAUAAAAACGAAUUAAAUUAUGAAUUCGAAUGAAUUAAAACGCGAAUAAGUGCACAUCGCUCGCAAACAAAGCUCGCGCCUGGUCUCGGUCCCGUACUCGUGUCGAGCCGCACACACACACACCAGAAACAGAAACAGAAACACCAACACACCACAGAACUGGUCCCGUUCUCCCCCUCGAAAAGAACACGGAAAAACGGAAAACUAAAUAAUAACGGUUCGGUGGAAAAAUGCAUUACUAAGCUAACUGCUGGUCGAAAACAGCUGCAGCGCGUGGAGCGGAGUGGAGGGAGUGAUUACCGGGAUAGUAGCCCUAGCCGAGAACGAAAAGUGAACACUGAAAAUCGCAGGCCAGGCCACAUUUCCUCACAUGUUUUCCAAUGCAACGGUUUUCUUCUGUAUCUGUUUUCCGCAAAAACCCAUCUAACGACUGCAACUGACAAAAAGCCUGAGCAAACACCGAAUUUCCAGCCGAGUUUUAGUGAAAAGUUUGGCUCAAUCCAUAGCCCCAGGCACAAUAAGCAAAAUGAUCGUACGUCGCCGGUCCCGUCGCUCCCGUAUGUGGAACAUGGGCCUGCUCUUCCUGAUCUACUACUGCGUCAGCAUCUACUCGGCCAAGGGCGACACCAGGGAGGUAUCGGCGCUACCACUGGACGUGGGCAGCCUGGCCGAGGAUGAAGGCGAUGCCGAAGCUAAUGGAGAAGUAACUACCGAGAUGAAUCGAGAGCUCGAGAACACCACGCCGUUUGAUGCCCCGAAAGCCACCGAGGCCACUCACUUGCAUGGAGCCGUCCCGACCUGGCGUCCCAAGCGCGACAAUUGCACCCCGCCGGCCAUCGAGCAGUUUCCUCAGCCACUGAUGAACAAGUGGGCGCGCCAGCACGGCGGACUUAUCCUGCACAUCCUGGUGGCCGUCUACACCUUCUUUGGCCUGGCCAUCGUGUGCGACGAGUACUUCGUGGCCAGCCUGGACCGUUUGUGCGAAGAGCUAAAGCUUUCUCCGGAUGUGGCUGGCGCCACAUUCAUGGCUGCCGGCAGCUCGGCCCCCGAACUGGCCACCGUGGUCAUAGGGGUGUUCUUCGCCAAGGACGACAUUGGGAUCAGCGGAGUCAUCGGCUCGGCGGUGUUCAAUAUUAUGUUCGUGAUAUCCGUCUGUGCCCUGUGCUCGGGAACCGUUUGCCAGCUAAACUGGUGGCCACUGGUGCGGGACUGCUUCUUCUACUGCGUUUCUAUCCUGGUCAUGCUGAUCAUUAUCUUCAACGACGUCAUCUCUUGUUUCGAGUCCGUGGUGAUGCUGCUCUGCUAUGUGGGAUACUGCGUGGCCCUCCACUUCAACACGGAGCUGGAGCGCUGGGCCCUCGGGCUGAACUUGCCGUUUAAGCUGCCCAGCAAGGAGGAGCAGUCGGCCUUGGUGACCUACAAGAAUGUUCCCGAGAGCUCCUACACCCAGGGCAGUGCAGGACAGGGACAACAGCAACAGACGAGCAUGUCCAAGGAGUCCAGCGAUGGCGUGGACGCCAGUAUCACCCAACCCCAGGGCGACUAUCAGAACUACAGCGACACCAAUGCCAGCUGGGACCCGAAUUCCGCCUGGGGCGAGGAGAACCAACCGAAGCCUGCGGCCGCCAGUGCCAGGCCAAGCCAACCACCGGUCGACGACUGGGGUAUGGGGCAGUUCAGUCAAGGCCAGGGACAGGGCCAGGAGAACAUGGCUUACAACUCCGAUCAGCCCGAGUCUGUUGUGACGGGCGAGACUGCGGCUGCGUCGGCGUCCGCGGGUGCGGGUGCAGGUGCAGGUGCGGCUAAAGGCCAAUUGGUGGGCGCCCCUGCUCCCACUGGCGUUGACUACUACAAGUCGACGGACAAGCAGCGCGAGCCCCGCCCAGAUCCCCUACUGCGACCGACGGAGGGCGGUCUGCCAGCGCUGGUUGCCUGGUAUGUAGUGUAUCCGAUACACUUCCUGUGCAAGAAGACGAUGCCCGACUGCCGGCAGCAGCAGUUCCGCAACUGGUAUCCGUUCACCUUCCUGCUAUCGAUGGUUUGGAUCUCGUUCUACUCGUACUUUAUGGUGUGGAUGAUCACCGUGAUCGGGUCCACCCUGGCCAUCCCCGACACCGUGAUGGGCCUCACCUUCGUGGCUGCUGGCGUUUCUGUGCCGGAUGCCCUAAGCUCAAUAGCCGUUAUCAAAGAGGGCUACGGCGACAUGGCCGUGUCGAAUGCGAUUGGCUCGAAUGUCUUUGAUAUCCUAGUGUGCUUAGGUCUUCCAUGGUUCAUACAAACGGCCAUCAUAAAGCCCGGCUCGCACGUGAAUGUCAUCUCCAAGGGUCUCGCCUACUCGACGCUCUCGCUCUUCUCUACCGUCGUCUUCCUGAUCCUCUCGACGCACCUGAACGGCUGGAAGCUGGACAAGCGCCUGGGUAUAAUUCUGAUGCUCUGGUACCUGUUCUUCAUCACGCUGGCGUCGCUCUAUGAAUUGAAUGUCUUUGGCUAUAUGAACCCACCAGAAUGUCCCAGCACUUUCUAAGCAACCAAGAGGAUACCAGCACCAAGUACCAUAUACUCGUGUAGUAUAGUGCAUAAAAAAGCAUACAAUACAUAGUACAUAGCACAGACCCAUGCAUUUGCAUAUUCAUAUUCAGAGGAGAGUCGUGCAUAGUCGCAUCAACAACAAACUGAAGCGCCAGCCACAGCCGCCACAACCGCAGGAGUUCGUCAUUGUAAGAGGAACCGACUCGUACAUUUAAUGUUAAUUAGUGGACAAAUUGAAUACUCAAAUCGCGUUUUACAUGGAUUUUUACAUUGCACCAACCGAAGAGGGAAACGAUAAACGAUAAACCAAAAAGAUAAAAAGAUAAAAGAUGAUUAUAUAUAUUAUAUAUUUACUAACAUAUACAUAUACAAUAUUUAAUGAUAUUUAGGCAAAUAACAAACCAUAUACAUAUGUACGAGAGUGCAGCCACAAUUAAAGUACACAUACCGGAUAAAUAGCACUGUAGAUAGGGAGACAAAUGCAAUUAAACAAGCAACAGAUGAACAGAGGAACAGAGGAAUUUGUUGCAAAACGGUUUUAAGGAACAAGUCGAACAGAACAACGCAAACUUCUCACACCACAAAUCAAACCAAUUAUACGAUCAUUAUACAACAUACAUAUAUUUAUGCAUAUGUAUGCAUGUAUGUCUAUCGUAUAAGUAUGUAUCUGCAUGUAUAUACUUUUGUAUCGCAUCGCUUUGUUAAACAGUUGAUCACGCUUAGUUUUAGUUUAGUUUUAGUUUUAGUUUUAUAGUUUAGUGUAUGUAUCUCGUUAAGGAUCUCUCCAUUGUUAUUUCUUGUGCAGUCGAUGUACACGAAAACGCCCGUGGAGACUAUUGGCCUCCGGGCUGGUCGAUCCAGGCCAGGAGCGCAGAUCCCUGCGCCGCGGAACAAGAGCAACGAAUUUUUUUACGUUUUCGGAUGUUUUAUUUUUGUUCUCAUAUACAAGAUGAAUGAAAAAACCAACACCCAUGUAUGUAUGUAUAUUUUUUAUAUUUAAAUAAUACAUUUUCAAAUAAUAUAGCCCCUUCGAUUCCACGAGAAUCGUCCUAGGUUUGGCCAAAGACAUUUGGGUUUAGAUUCCGAAAGAAAGUUCGAAUAGUAAAGAACAGAGAAAUAAGGAAGCAAGGGCCAAGCAAGAGAAUGGGAACGAAACGAAAAGAAAAGAAAAGAAUACCUUAUGGCAAUUAAUCGCGUCAAUUUUCGGAUGUAAAUAGUAUGCGCGGGAGCAUAAAUAAACUAAAAAGCAUUAUACAAAUCACAUAUAUUCAAGCACGAACAGUGAACGUUUAAAGUCAAUUUUUGGUGCAAAUUGUUGCGCAUAAAUCGAAACAAUAUUUACUAGGAAGUGAUAGAUCUUCAGAAUUUAAAAUUACUUUUCGUUUCAUUUGAUGGUGAUGCGGAUUCAAGGCAUAGCAAUUACUUGUUCAAUUGAUCGAUGGAAAAUCAAAUCAGGCUAAUCAUUGAUUUAACAUUCAAUUAUUUUCCACACUCAAGCAAUCCGAGUAAAGUAAAAAUACAAAAUGAGGAAUCAUUCCAGCUUAGGGAAUACUGAUUACAUAUUUACUGAGUACAUUAUUUUUGGCGCACUUUGGCUUUCCUCCCAGCUGUCCAGAUCGAGACCGAGAUCCAGAUCCAAGAUCCAGGCCAAAUCCAGCUGCAUUUACCACACUUUGCCCAAAGCUGCUUUGCAAAACCAGAUGGAUCUGACCAUGACACAGAAUCAGUAUCAGAAUUAGCUGCAAGCAAUGUGUAAGACAAAUACGAGGAUAUACAUUAAUACUACUACUAUAUAGCAUAAAGAGCAAGGCACUGCUAUAAGGACGCGCUCAAAAGAUACAUAGUUACAUACCAACACACAUUCAUACAUACAUAUAUGUCUACCUAUUCAUAAACAUACACAUAUUUAUACAUACAAUUACAAAAUACAUACAUAUACAACAUAUACAAGUAAAGAUAUAGCUACAUACAAAGAUACAGAUACAGAUAAAGGGUGUAAAUGCUUAGUAGGUAUAUGAGUAUAUACAGUAUAUACAUAUGAUGAAGGAACCGAAAUGGAACCCAAGUAACUGAAUCCAAUGAUUUAUCGAAGCCGAAGCCGAACCAUACUUCCCAGAAUCGAAUCGACUUAUAAGCUAAAGAUAGUAGUCUUAAUCCAGUAGAUGGAACAACUACGAUACAACCAUAAAACGUACGAACAAUCGCCGGCUGAAACUCCCCACAAAGACAGACAUAAGUGUAUGUCGUAUUACAUAUAACUGCUAUAAACAUAGUCACACCUCAAAUGCUACUACGGGCAUUGCCCAGGUACAAUGUUCUUCCUCCGGACUCCCUUACUCUAUAAAGACAGUCAGUGAAGCCAGAAGUUAUUCCGAUCACGUUGUACAUACUAUAUAUUAAGUUAAUGAUGGUAAUCAUUGGGGAGUAAUCUCGAACUGCAAUACCUUAUAUGUACGCUUCCACAGGACAUGCAGCACUCUCAGUUGACUCCGUGCACCCAGUACUCCAUGAUAUUCCAGUACUGCUCCUAAACUCGAAGUAAACUCAAAUAGUUUCAGUGUUGUUUCGAUGACAAACUUAAAUUAGCAGUUCGAUUCAAUUAUUAGGGCGAAAUCAACAAUUUAACAGAUCGUUACAGAGCGUUACGCACUAUGAAGGUAUCUACUUAUACCAGUGUUCUAUUCAGAUUAUUUGAUAUCUACACACAGUACAGUACAUACAUAUAUGUAUCCUUGACAGACUCAAAUCAAAUAUUAUAUAUUUCGCGUUACUUUUAAUUGUAUCUAAUGCAAAUUGCAAUCUAUAAACGGAGUACUAUAUACGAGUAUUUAGCAAAAUUAUGUAAUGAUGUGGAUCAUGUUUACUUAAGAGUUAAACACUAAGACAAAACCCACGCCACACUGACGCCACAUACAUACAUACAUACAUACAAACUAUACAUAUAUAUUUAUGUACAAUAAUUGAUACACAUUUACGAGUACAACCAAAAAAUAUACUAUACAAAAACCACACAAUACAAUAUUACCUAUUACCUACAUAUUUACAUCUGACAUUUGUGUUAAUUACGACUAUAAUUGUUUGUGAAAACUAUAUUGAACCUAUCAAAUUUAAUUACGAGUACGAAGCCCGUUUAAAAAUAAACUUCAGAGGGCAAAACCCACACUUAUUCGUGGGAUGUACACUAACAAAACAAUAAACAACAUAAUAAACUAUUGCUAAUAUACAAAACUGUUGAUGUUAUGUUUAGUCUAACAAUGAAUUCCGGAAAUAAAUGCAUAAAUAUACACAAAA